AAUUUUUACUCAACAUUUAAGUGACCUUUUUGGGUUAAAGUAUUGACUUACUUAGUAUUUUAUUGGUUAAAUUUUAAUCUUCCCUGUUUAUGCCUAUAUAUAAAGUUGUGAAUAUAUUCAAAAACACUUUCUUCCAGUAACGUUUUUGUUAAGACAGCAACAAGAAAGUUAAACAUGGCAAUGGUGUGGGCAGCGCUCCUUAUGUCCGGCAUCGUAUGUACAAAUUCUCAGUACAUUUACUCGGAAGAAAACAAUUGCUGUGCCAGUAAUGCAGAGACAAUGGUGCAAAUUCGAGGACUAUUGAUCCAACAAAUGAGAAUACAAGAAUCUGUAGAUUCCCUCAGGCAGAUGGUUAAGAGACUCGAGGGAGAUGUUACCAAGACCCAUGAAGAUGUUCAAAUCGUCAAAAGAGAGUAUUUAAUACCUGGUCCUUGUUCCACUUCUGAUUCCUGUCCAGAUGGCGCUGCGUGUAAGGAAGGCGUCUGCUCCUGUAAUGAAAGAUACCUAAACUACAAAGACGUUUGCCGCAAAGGUGUUGUAAAUUAA